AUGGCCAGCUCCGUAGCAACACUAAACCGCUCAAACGAUGCGUAUCUCAACGCAAAUGUUUUUGACCUCUUCUCGUUAAAGGAGCGUGUGGUUGUGAUUACAGGGGGUGCUCGCGGGAUUGGUCUCGCUCUUGGGUUCGCCGUUGCUGAGGCGGGCGGGGUGCCCGUCAUGAUCGAUGCAAAUGGCCAACCUCACGGGCACUUUCAGAUUCUUCAGAAGAUGUGCCCGAAAAUGAAAUUAUAUGUUUCAGAUGUUACGAAUUAUGAGAGACUGGAAAAGACUUUCAACGAGAUCAUCGCUGAAUAUGGGAGAAUAGAUGGCUGUAUAACUGCUGCCGGGAUCUGUCCGGAUCAGCCAUUUUUAGAACGGUCUCCAGCGAGCGUUAAGCGCUGCUUUGAUAUCAACAUUGCAGGCACCUUCUUCACAACACAACUAGCAGCCAGGCAAAUGGACAAGCAAGCAAAACAGUCAUCAGCAGCACCAAGUGCGAGCAAAGGUUCUAUUGUCUUGAUUGCAUCAAUUGCCGCGCAUCGGGCCAGUAAAGGCCAAUUUCUCAGCGAUUACUGUACCAGCAAAGGAGCCGUAGCAUCAAUGGCUAAAGCUUUAGCUGUUGAGCUUGCGGAGAAAAGCAUACGUGUCAACUACAUAUCCCCUGGAUACAUAAUGACGGAUAUGACUUUGGCGAUUUCAGACACACGGCCGGGGCUGGCUAAGAUAUUUGUGGACGACCCACCGAUGAAGAGGAUGGGUGAUAGAACAGACCUGAAAGGAGCUGCUGUUUACCUGCUCAGUGAUUCUAGUGCAUAUAUGACAGGUGGCGAGCUAUUGAUCACUGGUGGUCUUCACGCUGGACUUUAUGAUGAAGUCGCAUGAAUUGUCCUGAAAUUGUUGUUUAU